CAGUGGAUUUGUUAAGUGGUAUCACAUUAUCAAUUGGCACGUGGUGUGAUUUUCAACUUUCAGAUUAUCAUUGACACUUUUACAAGGUCUCACUGACAGGUACAUAUGCAAUAGAUAGUGGUUUGAACCCAUAUGCAAUGGUGGUUCAGUCGAUUGUGUUCAUUUAUGGGCCUUACUGCAACCCUUUUAUAUGAAGGACUGGUCAAGUGCCCUGACAUUCUAAAGAUCUGAGGAAUCAAAGCUUGAGAGAUUUUGGCAAAUAGUUGCAAUGUUUAAAGCCACAUUUGAUGGGCUCUCUCUCCCCAUCUAGCACAGGCGAUCAGGUAAUGCCUGGUUACAUUAGCUCUAAUAGCAAAUUUAUGGGUCAACUUCAGUCAAAAACUGCAACUACGAAUGUCAAGUUUCAGUAUCUUCAACAUAUCAAUAUGUACAUAUGCAAAGGCAGACCUUUGGAGUGUUGGUGCUAUUCUGUUUCAACUUCCCUUUUCUAGGAGCAACCAGGAAUAGAAAAAUCCAAAGGCAGAAAAAGAAGAAAGAAACAUCUACAUCUGAACAGCAGAAUGACCCCAAUGGACAUGCUGAAGCUUCUGCAGCACCCAAUAAAGAAAAUGCUAUCAAUCGUGGAUUGGGUCUUGCAGAUUCUGAUGAUGCUAGGCUCGAUUCUCUUUCUGAACAAGCUGAGAAGGAUAUUAUUUCAGGUGGUUCAACUGAUAAAAAUUUAAUUGGGCUAUGUGCUCCUCUUGUUGCGAAACUAUGUAGGAACUUCGGCUCAAUGCAGCAGUACCCUGAGUUACAAGCUGCUGGUAUGCUGGCUCUCUGCAAGUUGAUGCUAAUUGAUGCUAACUUUUGCAGUGAAGCAAAUCUGCAGCUUCUAUUCACUGUUGCUGAGAAUGCACCACGUGAAACUGUUCGUUCCAAUUGUACAAUAGCUCUUGGAGAUUUGUCAGUGCGUUUUCCUAAUCUAUUAGAGCCAUGGAAAGAGAACAUGUAUGCUCGGCUUUGUGAUCCUGCAAUAUCUGUCCGAAAAAAUGCUGUUCUGGUCCUUUCUCAUCUCAUUCUGAAUGACAUGAUGAAGGUACUUAUUUUGGCCAAAGAUACUUUUGGUACACUGUUGUUUAGGAGAAAAUACCAAGUUACACGUGGAAUGCUUGUUGACCAGGCAAAGGGUUGCAUUAAUGAAAUGGCUGUUCAAUUAGAAGAUGUGGAUGACAGGAUCUCAAAUUCAGCCAAGUUUUUUUUCCAUGAAUUGUCAAAGAAGGGAAGCAAUCCUGUCUACAAUUUCCUGCCAGACAUUCUUAGCAGACUGUCCAACCAGAACUUCGCUGAACAAACUUUUUGCAGCAUUGUGCAGUUCCUAAUUGGGUUAAUUAAAAAGGACAAGCAAAUGGAAGGUCUGGUUGAGAAGCUUUGUAAUAGGUUCUGUGGAACGAUUGAUGUUAAACAAUGGGAAGGAAUAGCUUACUGCCUUUCACAGUUGUCCCUAACAGAAAAGGGGAUCAACAAACUUUUUGAGUCCUUUGAGAGCUAUGAACAUGUCUUAUCAGAAGAGUCGGUGGUUUCCCACUUCAGAGCUAUCAUAAACAAGAAAAAUUUCGCCCACUCACACAAAUGGCAGAGGUGGCCGUCAGGGGUCCGCCGCUUGAUGGGAUAAGCCUUUUUUGAUGUAUACUACUACUCAAAAAUGUUGAUACCAUGCGCGAGGACAUUUCUUAACUCACUAUAAGGCUUUCUUCGGUAAGCACACACGAAGUGAUUCUUGAGUCAUCCAAUUAUAAUCCUGUAAAUAUCUCACAGGGACAAAUUUUGGCAACUGAUUUUUGUUAAUAUCAUGAGAUGUAUAUGAAAUGUAGUUAUAAUAAAAAUUUAGAUAUUCAGUGGCGUUCUAUUGUGCUACUGAAGAUCUUCAAUGAAAAAAAAGAUCCAUAAGAGCUGGUAAAGACUCUCUGACAGCUUUCGCGACUAAAAUCAACAGCUCUAAUGUGGAAGACGUGAUGCCAAGGGCGUUGGUGAAGGUCUCGUUUGCUGAUUUAGCUUAGACUUUUUUUACGGUGUCGGUGGUUGUGGCGAUAAUUUUGUAUCCCGUCAUUGAUUUGAGCGAUGAUUGUGCUUUACAUCGAUGAUAGCAGCAAUACUUUUGUUAAGCGUUGGAGCUUCAAAAGCUCUGACAAACCCUCUCAGUUUCACGUUGGUGGUAGCGUGAACAACACUAUUUUUUGAUCGGAGCUUGACGAAUUGUGUAAUGUCUGUAAUAUAUACUGUUGUCAAUUGUUUUGGUCGAACAUGACUAAUUUGGCUACAUAAUCAACA